AUGGAGUUUACCAAUAAUCGACUAGUAAUGCUCAAAAUAGAGCCAGUGAAAACACUGCAUACUAAACACAAAGAGGAAGCUUGCGUAUUUGAUCAAUCGACGGUUGCAUUCAAAAGGAAGGACGAUUUAAUUGACACAAAAACAGCUAUCUCUAUAAAUGACUAUGUUGAGGAAAACAGCACUGAUGAGUUCGUAAUCUAUGAAGAAUCAGAAUCUGACGAGUCGUCAAAUUUUACUGACACUGAUCCCAAACUCGAUUUAGAGAGACAUACCUUGAAAUCCCAAAAGCGUCGAAAGCGAACGUUUUGUACAAUUUGCGGGAAGUUUUUAAACAACUUUGCUGAGCACAAACGAAUGCAUUUAAAUAUCCGAAAACAGCAGUGCCCGUACUGCGGGAAGACAUUUGUGCACCGGUCAAAUUUAUAUUCACACCUGAACAUUCACACUAAAGAGCGCGUAUACAAGUGCCAACAUUGCGAUAGUGAGUUUAAUAGCGUUCAGGGAUUGAAACAACACCUGUUGACCCACUUCGAAGGACAGUAUACGUGUACUACGUGCAACAGAAAAUACGGUCGGAAAUCUUACCUUCGAAUUCACCAACAAAGGGUACAUAUGCCGAAGCAAAAACACAAGUGUAUGAUUUGUGAUCGAGAAUUUCAUGAUCUACUGCUGAAGGAAAAGCAUAUGAAAAUACACAACAACGCAGCCUUGCAUGAAUGCAUUUUAUGUCGCCGAGCUUACAAUGCGAAAAGGAAUCUACUGAGGCACAUACGAAUGGCUCAUCCCACAGAGUAACCCUAAUUUUUAAUUCAUACAAAU